GAAGAAGUGAAUGAAAUGGAGACCUUGAAAUCGGUAAUCCCGGAGCAUAUUGUACAAACUGUGAAGAGCAGCAGCAGUGUCGAUGAUCUCAUCUCCUCUUCUUCAUCUCUUCUCGGUUUCCUUGUGGGCCUUGCCCAAUUUCAGCAAGCGGUGAGUGAGUUAGGGGAUCCUGAUCUGGGUUGCUGUGGGAAGAGCCUAGAGGCAUCUCUCGACUUCAAACGUCGCGGAAAUCUCUCCUUCCGUAGCCGGAGUUUCGACGAUGCUCUACGAUUCUACUCUAAAGCCUUACGUCUUGCCCCUCCUCCACGUGGAGACAAGAGCUUGCUUGCUUCUCUCUUUCUCAAUAGAGCUAAUGCCCUUCAUAAUCUGGGGCUUGUCGAAGAGAGCUUACGGGACUGCCAUCGUGCUCUUCGGAUUGAUCCUUAUUACGCAAAGGCUUGGUAUAGGAGAGGCAAACUCAAUACUCUUCGUGGAAACUAUAAAGAUGCGUUUCGUGACAUCACUGUUUCUUUGUCUCUCGAGUCAUCACCAGCCGGGAAGAAGCAGCUACAGAGCCAACUGCUGGCUAUUCCUCACUUUCUGAAUCAGCAUAACGCACCCAGCUCUUCUGGUGCUGUAGAUUAUCUGCCGAACCUGCAAAGUCAAGUAAAGCUGCGUUGUGUAUCAACAAAAGAUAAAGGAAGGGGUAUGGUAUCAGAAUGUGAUGUUCAACAAGCUUCUGUCAUACACGUCGAACAACCAUUUUGUGUGGUCAUAUCAAAAAGUUGCCGGGAAACACAUUGCCACUUUUGCCUAAACGAAUUGCCUGCUGAUGCUGUUCCAUGUCCAUCGUGCUCACUACCUGUGUAUUGCUCAGAGUCCUGCCAAGUUCAAUCAGGUGGAAUGCUGUCCACAAAUGAGGUGCAUAAGACUCAGUUUUUUCAGAGCCUACCUGAUGAUAUUGUGGAGCAUAUUAAAAGCGUUACAUCAACUGUCAAAAAUUAUUCUGAAACUGAGUGUGUUCAAGAGCACCAGCAUGAGUGUCAGGGAGCUAAUUGGCCUGCUGUACUGCCAUCUGAUACUGUUUUAGCUGGUCGAGUUAUAAUAAAGUUGAUAAAUCAAGGGGAAAUAGCUAUAGAUCUCUCCAACCUUCAGGAGAAAUUAGAUCUUUCCCAUAGCUAUUCUAAGAUGAGUCCAGAGAGCAAGUUGGAGUUGCAUCUACUUUCCAUAGUAUUGAUUUGGUGCCUUAAUAAAUCUUUCUGUCCUGAUCUUUCCGUCUGCGAAACUUCUGUGACACAGACUAUCUUACUGCUUUCACAAAUCAAGGUGAACUCUAUGGCAAUCGUCCGGAUGAAAUCCAGCGGCGAUGCUUUCAAGUGCAUCCCAGCUGGAAACGUUUCAGAAAAAGAGCCCAUUCAGAGUUUAGAGCAGAUCAGAGUUGGUCAGGCUCUUUAUAAAACCGGUAGUUUGUUCAAUCAUUCCUGCAAGCCGAACAUCCAUUUGUAUUUCCUUUCACGUGGACUUGUUAUGCGAACAACAGAGUUUAUUCCCAUGGGUUGCCCCCUAGAGCUGUCAUAUGGUCCUGAGGUGGGAAAAUGGGAUUGCAAAGAUCGCAUUAGAUUUCUUGAAGAGGAGUACUUUUUUCAUUGUCGGUGCUGUGGCUGUUCUCAAAUGAACAUAUCGGACCUUGUUAUUAAUGGAUAUUGCUGUGUCAAUACAAGCUGCACUGGCGUAGUUUUGGAUAGUAGUGUGGCUGCAUGGGAGUCCGAGAAGCUAAAUCAUUUUUUGGCUGCUCCAAAAAGUCUGGAUAAUCAUUUUCUGGUGAGUGAAAAGGUGUGUACUGGUGUCAGUGAAGUGGCUUCAAGUUUGCUCACUAAACCUAGUGGUUCUCUUCAUUUAGAAGCAGAUAAAUGUUUGAAAUGUGGAUCCCGCUGUGAAGUGCAAUACUCUCAUGUAGAGGUGAACAAAGCUUGGAACAACCUGAGAAGGGUGGACGAGUUGAUGAAUUCAGGACGUGCCAAUAUUUCUGUAUUAUCAGAUUGUUUAAGGUCAAUCGCUGUGCUCAGGACUUCCCUUCACAUGUAUAACAAAGACAUUGCCGAUGUGAGUCAACUUACUCUAUUUAUGCCAAAGGACUCGAAGCAUUGCUACUCUAUAUUGCAUAUGCUUAUCUUCAGGAAAAACAGGCACUAUACACGUUUCACGUUUCUGUUUGUUCAGGCGGAGGAUAAGGUUGCUCAGGCUUGCUAUUUAGCUGGAGAAAUGAAGGGUGCAAGGGAGCAUUGUGAAGCGUCCAUCAAGAUUCUGAAGAGGCUAUAUGGGGAUGAACACGUGGUGAUUGGAAAUGAAAUGGUGAAGCUUGCGUCGAUUCAGCUUGCAUCUGGUGAUUCUUGUGGAGCCUGGGAGACUACAAAAAGAUUGUCUCAGAUAUUCUCAAAGUAUUACGGGUCACAUGCUGAGACUCUUUUCGCUUACCUCUCAUGUCUUAAGCUAGAAGCUGCCCAAGCUGUCAACUUUUGUUCUUAAGUCUUAAGCCAGCACUUUGUGCUCAAAUACCUUUGUUGCUAUAAAAAGAUGAAUUGUUUUCAAGGAAGGGUUGGGGCAUAAUAGAUUAAUGUCCUUGGUUAUAGUGUCUGUAGUGUAGUAGGGGUUUAUAAGAAAAUGUUGACUGCAUUCAGAGCCGUGCUUACUUUAUGCCAAAAUUAACACUUUCUUUAGUAAAACUGAAAAUAAC